AUGUUGAGGUCGGCCUUUGAGGGCCGUGCGCCGGUUCUGCUCUUCGACUACCAUCCGGCCGAGCGUGAGAUGGAUCCGGAUCGAGUGGUGGCCACCUAUGAGGCCCGCAGCCGCACACCUGCCUUCUGUCACGCAACCUGCGUGCACCGCUACAACGCAGUGCUCAACAGCUUCCGCCAAGCAGGACUUCCGGAGGUUUCUGCCGAGGACAAGUGGACUCUGCUGUGGGGCGGAACACCCAGGCCGGAGAGCCUCCGUGAGUUCCUGCCCUUCCAGAAGAC